CCGCGCGACGUCCCAUCAUGCCCUCGAUGACCUGGUCCCGGCUGCUGAGCGUGCGCGUGGCCGCCCUGCUGUUCAGCUGCGUGGCGUUGAGCGUGGCGGCGCAGGGCGCGCGGCUGCCGCACGGCGGCAUGGCCGCCUGGUGCAUCUUCUGCUGGGCCUUCAGCUUCUCGGCCAGCGCCGUGGUGUUGCUGGUGGAGCUGCUGGGCCUGCAGGCGCGCGUCUUUGUGUCCUGGUCCAACUUCCCCGUGACGGCGGCGUGCUACGCCGCGCUCCUCUGCCUCUCCGCCUCCGUCAUCUUCCCGCUCUACUUCCUGAGGGAGCGCGGCGGCGGCGGCGGCUACGACGGGGAGGCACGCGACCACCGCGUGGCCUCCACCGUCUUCUCCUGCCUGGCGACGCUGGCCUACGCGGCGGAGGUGAGCCUGACGCGAGCGCGGCCCGGCGAGGUGACGGGCUACAUGGCCACGGCGCCGGGCUUGCUGAAGGUGUGCCAGACUUUUGUGGCCUGCGUCAUCUUCAUCCUGAUCAGCGAGCCGGCGGCCUACGAGCGCCACGCGGCGCUGCGCUGGUGCAUGGCCGUCUACUGCGUCUGCUUCAUCCUCUCCAUGGGCGUGGUGGUGAUGUGCGUGGGCGAGUGCAGCGGCUGGCUGCCCGUGCCCCUCCCCCGCCUGCUGACGGCCUGCGGCCUCCUGGCGGCCCUCAUGUACCUGACGGCGAGCGUGCUCUGGCCCGUCUUCCAGUUCUCCGAGCGCUACGGGACCAGAGGGGGCGCCGAGUCGCGCACGAUCGCCGCCGCGGUCCUCACCGGCCUCAACUUCCUGCUGUACCUCGCCGACGUGGCGCACACGGCCAGGCUCGUCUUUGUCAGCGGCUGACGCCGCAUUUGGACCACUUUUUUUA